AAGAAACUACAGGAGCAGGAGAAACAACAGAAAGUGGAGUUUCAUAAAGGAUGGAGAAAAAGAUGUCAGAUUUCAUCCAAGACAGUGGGCAGAUUAAGAAAAAGUUUCAGCCAAUGAACGAGAUAGAGAGGAGCACCCUACACAAUAUGGUGGAAGUGGCUGGCCUGACAUCCUUCUCCUUCAGAGAUGAUGAGUGUCUCUAUGUCACGAUCUUCAAAAAGGAGUUUGCAUGCUCAGAUGAAGAGCUGGACUCCUAUCAUUAUGGGGAGGAGUGCAACCCCCAGGAGGCUGAGGAGAAACCCCAACUGAAGGAGCUGGCCCAGUGGCAAGAGGACGCAGCCCAGCAGGGACCUGUGGUGGGGAGCCCUGCUAGUGACGACAAGGACAAGUACAGCCGCUUAACCGGCAAGGCGGCAGCCAAGGAUGCUACAGGCCACAUGCUACAGGCCAACAAGACCUACAGCUGUGUGCCCAUGGCCAACAAGAGGGACAUGUGUUCCAUCAAAGAGGCCAUGAAUGAGAUCCAGGCCAAGAAGGAUCCGCAACAGAGCAGGGAAGAGUUGCCACCUAACCUCUCAGACACUCCAGCUCUCUGA